CACCCCCGCCGCAGACCUUUUAGUCGAGGCACGAAGCCAUCAUGUCGGGCAGCGCUGGAUAUGACCGUCACAUCACCAUCUUCUCCGAUACAGGGCGAUUGUAUCAAGUUGAGUAUGCCUUCAAGGCAAUCACCGCCGCAAAUAUCACAUCCGUAGGCGUCCGGGGAAAGAGCUGUGCUGUGGUGAUCUCUCAAAAGAAGGUUCCGGACAAGCUCAUUGAUCCCUCCUCGGUAUCAUAUGUCUACAGACUCUCACCGUCCGUAGGCUGCGUCAUGACAGGCUCAAUAGCAGAUGCACGGGCAUCUGUCAAUCGUGCGAGGGGAGAAGCUGCAGAGUUCCGAUACAAGUAUGGAUAUGAGAUGCCAUGUGAUGUUCUUGCCAAGCGUCUGGCCAACAUCUCGCAGGUAUACACUCAGCGGGCGUACAUGCGGCCACUGGGAGUUGCAACCACGUUGAUCUCAGUAGACUCAGAGUUCGGACCUCAGCUGUACAAAUGCGAUCCAGCUGGAUACUACGUGGGAUACAAGGCCACAGCUUCGGGACCAAAGGCGCAGGAAGCGCUAAAUUUCUUGGAGAAGAAGUUGAAGAACAAGGAUAACGCGGAAGGCAGCUGGGAGGAAGUAGUGGAGCUGGGCAUCACCACCCUCAGCACCGUGCUCAGCGUUGAUUUUAAGAAAGGCGAAUUGGAGAUUGGAAUUGUCGGUGGACCACGUGUGGACGGUCAAGAAGGUACUGACACAAGCUUCCGGUCCCUGACCGAGGAAGAGAUUGACGAACGGCUGCAGUCCAUUGCGGACAAGGAUUAAAAUG